CGCUGAACAUGAAACCUGCCUUCGAUGUUUUAUUUUUUUAACAACCAUCGUGCAUCAGUACAUACCUACUUCUUCUUCGUUAUUCAUUACGAGAAAAUAGUGGCACCCCACACGUGAACAAUGGGGUAUUCUUCCUUACACGUAGAGUCUGCCAGCCCCAUAUGAAGUCAGAGACAAUGAAGUCUGCCGCUGCGACCCUUGAAAUAUCAGGAGCACAAAGAGUCCGUUAAGCUCUCGUCAGAAAAUGCACCAGACAAUAUUGUGCCCACGGUGCAUAGAGGAGGGACUGAGAUUCCCCCCUCUUCAACAGCCUUGCAGCAAAAGUCGAUAAUACGUAAUCGGAUCCUCGAGUCCGCGUGAAAAACUGUGCAGCCGAGUUCAUUGACUGCGGGAUUUUGUUAAACUUCUCAUGGAACGUUGACAGAGGUGUAAAGUGACUUGGAAAAAAGUCACAUAGAUUACUUAGGAAUUCAAUGGUGCAUUUCGAGCUUACCGUCAAAAGUUGCAACGCCAACUCAACGCGUGAUACUCUACCUCUGUACCCACACACGCGAGAUUUUGCCUCGAGGAUAGUCUAGCGAAUGAUCAGCUCGUCUAGGCGUCUUUCAGCAGGCGGCAGUCAACUUUCGUAAAUAAUCUGUGACUGACGGUCAUGCCGCACGCGGCUCCGAGCGAUUCCGGUCAGCUAAUUAAACGUCUUACUGUAUGUGCUAAUUGAUUUUUGACUGAGGUGGAACGCGAAGAGAGGCAUCUUUUAUUAACAGCAGGAAUAAUUUACAUAAUUUAAGAGCUGAGUGUAUGAUGCGUUGGAAUUUGACGGAGAGGUGUCAUUGAAGUUUAGAGAAACAAGUGUUUGUGGCAGUGAAUCGGGGUUGAAUCACAAUCAAAAUUAGCCAUGACUGACGUGAAUAUGGAGCUUGAAGUACGUCCGUUUUUGACCAACGACAAUAACACAAGUGCAGAACAGCCACGCGCUGUUAGGCGGAAGGUUGAUAAAAAGCCUGGAACGUCCCUGUUCAUUAUCAUGAGCUUCAUCUACGCGAAGCUGCUCGUUGUUGUCUGCAUCGCCUAUGUCAUCAGCGAAGUAGUGACGCACAAGUUACCGUUGUACUAUUACGAGGGGUUCUUCACUUAUCUAUACGGAGCCAGCAUUCUUUUCCUCCUCUACGUAUUCUGCUUCCUACUGCAAGAAAGCGCCUGCUGUUCCCGAGGUGGCGAUUCCCUUCCACCACCUCCCAGACCACCAAAACCACCCAAGGAGCCGAAGGAAACAAAGGAUAAGAAGAAGAAGAAGGACAAAGAGCAAAAAGCCUCUGCCAAAACCAAAAAGGAAUUCCAGGAUGCUGCAGAAGUCGAAGCAGGUGUGGCAACGCGAGCUCUGCGAAAACGUAAAACUUCUCAGAACGACCAUAGCCAUGGCAGUUUCUUCCUUCGCAUCGGAGCCAUCGCGUUUGGACUGGGCACAAUGGUGUACAACGGUUUGGAGUUUGGCGCCUUCUUCGAAGUACCACCUACAUCGCCCUGCUAUCAGAUUCUCAGAGGUGUUAAUCCCGUACUGCAGAUGAUAUUUACCUUCAUGCAAAUGUACUUCAUCUUCAUGAACUCGAGGCUCAACAUACAUCGAUUCAAGGUAGUUGCCCGAUUUGGUCUGAUGCAUGUAGUAGCCACAAACCUCUGCGUUUGGAUUCGCACUCUAGUGUUGGAAAGUUUGAAGGAAAUUACGCAGUACCAUCAACGUAUAGGACAAGAAGAAGCUGGUGUUUUAGAGAGCAUCAAACAACAUUCUCUCCGCAAUGCAGGGGCCAUUCUUGGCACUGAACCACGCGAUGUAGCUCAACUUCGUGAGGCUCCACUUGACUCCGUCUUAUCAACGACAGCGACGACAUUGGGAAGUACGACUCUGCCUUCAAUGGGCAGAACUCUUCGCACUACCUUAAAAGCCGUAGCCAAUGCUCUUACCACAACUGCAGCAACGACGCUCACGCCGUGGACAACAAUGAGCACCACCACGACUACCAUGAGACCUACAACCACCACGACUUACGCACCACCGAUAACACGUGGCAGAGCAACUACCCUGACAACUUUGCUGACAACGUUGGGUCGCACGACCACGACGACAACCCUACCGACCACAACCGUCGGAGUAACGACCACCACCACUGCACCCUUCGUCCCGUAUCUUUCGGAGUUCAUGAAUUCACCGCAAAAUAAUCCUCCGGUUAACCAGAUCUUCGACGUGAGUAAUUUGACGAACGCCAGCACAAGCUGGAGCAGCCCGAAUCUUGGCUAUUACGCAGAGGCUUUAACCGAGGACGGCACCAUGUCGAACUCUUGCGGACGUGUCAACAUCAUGGGCACCAUUGUCCAGGAUGCCGCGCCUUACUUGUUCCCUUUCAUCAUUGAGUACAGUCUUAUAGGCGCAGCGGUGAUAUACGUGAUGUGGAAACACAUAGGGUGUUAUCCUCGAUGGCCACUCCGUGUCGAGGUUGAUCUCGAACGCAGAUUAGAGGCAAUGCUGUCCCGUCGCGCGGUUGCUCUUGCCCACGCUGGACACGCCCGAGUUGAUUGCGUUGGUGCUAGCAAAGGUCUUUUCUUCGGGCUACUUUUACUGGUCGGGUCGCUGAUUUGCUUAAUUCUCUUCUUCGUGUUGAUACACCAUCCAGAGUUGGGGCUACUCGCGAUCUACCUCGCCGACGUCUCGCACUGCGUCCUCAUGGCAUUAUCGAUUAUCGCCAUAAUCGUUGGCUUCAUCCGCGUCCAAGGCCUGAAGUUUAAGGCUGAGGAACAGAGCGACCUGAACGACAUACUCCUCCGCGUCUCGGCUUUCGGUCUUUUCGUUUACGCGGUGUUUAGCGUGAUUGCUGGAUCCCUGGCAGCCUUUACACACGAGCCAAAUCUUCUCGUGAUGGUAACUGGUCUUCUCUCCGUGGCUCAAGUAGUUCUUCAGAUGCUUUUUAUCGCCGACGUCUCGCGUAGGCGCGUUCACCUACCGGAACACGAUCGCAGCAAGCCAGGCCGCCAGGUUGUGACAUUCCUGCUGAUAUGCAACGUGACCAUGUGGGUGAUCUACACCUUCGAGACUCAGAAGGUGGUCGCUAACCCCGUCCAGUUGGAUUUCUAUGGAUUUUUGGCAUGGGCGAUCGUCCAACGCGUCACACUUCCUCUAUGCAUCUUCCAUAGGUUCCACAGCGCGGUUACGCUCGCCGAAAUAUGGAAGACGAGCUACAAGGCUCGUCUCGAGUAAUGUGAGCGAUAGUUGAUUGGGAAAUUAUGCAAUAAUGCUCAAUAUGCAAAACAACGCGCACAAUUAUUCUGAGCUCAGCGGCACCGCGUGCCCGUAUAUGCAGAGAGAGAGUUAUGAAUAUAGUAGAGAAGAUAUAUGUAUCUUGGAUAAAUGAUACGUACGAACAAUUUUACGACAUACACAUAUACGUACAUGUGCAUAUACAUCUGUAAGCUAUACACCCGUCAAAAUUUUUUGCAAUUGCCGGCCAUAAAACAUCGCACGACGAGUAGCGUAAUCGCGUUGCAGCUACCUGAGGAUCUUUCCUCGAUCUAACGAUUAAAUUUGAACUCGAGCGAAGUAAUGGAGAGAUUAUUUCAUGGAUAAUAAAGUGAAACAAAACGAUAACUCAACAACGACCGUAUAUAGUGUAGACGCGUCAAAGCAUCUUUGCAGACAGAAAACGACGUAUUUUUUGACACUAUCAGGACAACCUCUUUCUCUGUACCUAUAUAUAUACAUAUAUAAUAUAUUCAAUCGUCCUGCGACAUAUUUCUUCGAUGCAGCAUAAAAAGUUAUGUCGGUGGGACGAGUUCGGUCAUUUCUACCAUACAUGGUAGUUAGGUAUAAUUGUAAAUCGAAUGAUUUCCGAAUUGACUUGAAAGCUCGAAUCUCGACUGUCGUGAAGCAUAGUGGAAAAAUAAAUUUCAUUCUCUAUCAGUACGUCUGAAGAUAGAUGGUUCGAGCCUUUAUCCUUUCUGGCAAAUUAAUUUGAUUGUUCUUGCUCUUCUUUUAUUUUUUUUUGUUCCUCAACUUUCCACCGUGACACGAAAGAACUAAGAGAUGACGACGAAGUCUCAUUUUGUUCGAGAAAAAAAAAAUAAAAAAUUCACAACCGAUGAAUGUGAGAAUAUUGCCAAAUCUAAAAAUGCAUGCAACUGCAGCAGUAAACAUUUCCUGUUAGUUUAUUACACGCAGGAAAUGCACUGUUUCUUUUAUACUUUAAAACUUCGACAACUGUUGUCGGAUUUUCUACUUUUAUACCCACACUGCAUUUCAAGUUGAGAAAAUUUCAAAUAACUCGCACAUACUUAGCUGCAGGCCUGUCUUUCCGUAGCUGUGAGUCACCUCGCUGUUGUAGCCUAUAGUUAGACCAGAAUUGGAUGAACAACAGAAGCGUAAGAUUAGGUGAAGAGUUAAUCACUUGAUGGCCACUGCACGUACGUGGAGUGUCCAAUUUUUAAUUAUGUAUGAGAAUUAUUGGGUGAAAACGAUAACUCAUAUAUCUGACGUAUCUAAUAUUUAAAGAUUAGUCCUUUUUCGAGUAACUUUUUAUCAACCCAGAAUUUAUAUGCGGGUUUGGCAGUUUUUCUAUUUAUAUUCUACUCAGGUUCUCCUCACUAACGCCCUAACUAUCAGUUGAUACACAACGAGAGAUUGAAAUGGGGGAUGGUUAAUUGAGCAUAAUGAAAAAAAGAUCAAGCAAUGUGCGUCUUAGGAUAAACGCGGUUUUGCGUAUCGCAACGACCGAUUUGACAUUUCAUUGUUGAUAUUUAAAGCAUUAGCUUUCCACCCCCAAAUCUGCAUUAAAUUGCGCAUAUGUAAAGUACAAAAUUGUUUCUAUUUUAGAAUAUUUUUGCGCAAAAGAGUAGAGUUCUACAAUCUGUUCACUGUACAACUAUCUGCGUAUGCAAGCAAGAGAAAAAAUGAGAGAAAAAGUUGAAUCAGAUAUUAUAUGAAAUGAAAAUGACGAACUUAAAAUAUAUAUACAUAUACUUCGAUGAUAUUGUAACAAUAACACAAUGUGGAUAAAGGUCAAUUAUUCGUUGUUGAACGCCAGAAUUGGAUGAGAGAAAGUCGAUAAAACAGCCAUGUCAGUCGUGUUCGUGUUCAGUAACGAAUAAAUGACCCGGUAGAGUAUAGAGAAUAUUUUUUUUCUUUGUAUAGCGCAUGACGCAUAAGUGUUUUGAGAAUAUGAAGUCAUUACAAUAAAUUAAUAGACACACAACCACACUUUGGUAAAGUAGAUGACAGGCUUAGGCUUAGAUGUUAGCUUGCAUUGAUUCACUCACGAAGAAUAAAAAUUAAAUAAAUUAUUGAUUAAUAUUUAAGACUUGGAAUUAAUCCUAUUUUAAAAUCAUUACCUUAUUAUUAUAGUAUAUAAGAUCGUUGAGAAAUGAAUUCUCGUCAGAAAUCUGAUACCUGAUUCUUGCCCCGCAUUCUUCGCCCGAUUCAUCACGUCUCCCAAACAUAUUUCCCUUGAACCCUUCCCAGCCGUCAAAUCAGCAUUUAAUCAGUAUUAAGUCUACAUAUUUUACGUAAAUGGUAAUAUUAAUAAAUUGUAUCAUCACACACUAAUUACGUCUAUAUACAUCAAUUAAUUAUAUGUACACAUAGUAAUGUAUUGGUAUUUCAUGCCGACUCGACAAACGUUUAAUCUUGACCAUCUCGGAUCUCUAACCUGAUUUUGUCACAACUUACCAAACGUACUCUUAAUUUUCAGAUCAUUGUUAUUCAAUGGAAGUAAUUUUGAACUGUUCUCGAAGGUAGAAUCAAUUGUAUUGCCGUUUAAUCCCUAUUUUCAAUGCGAUCGAAUUACUAAAAAAUUAUAUUUCCGGAAGAGAUCGGUCAAAAAGUUGAUUUAAAAGUGUAAGGUAAAUUUACUCUCUUUGGAAUGAUUUUUUUUUUUUUGCUUUCAACUAUCCCAUGAUGACAUUAUACAAUAUACAUGCAUAUAUAAUGAUGUGUAAAAUUAUAAAUUUUUAAUGUAAAAUUAAUACAUGUUGAAUGUGGUGUAAAUAACAGUAAAUUAUUCAGCAGAGUGUUAGUGAACCGAAGAGACCAGAUUCAUACUUUAUUUCAUCUAUUAAUUUAUUUUUAACGUAUUAUUUAUUCGUCGCAAUCAUUAUUAUCGAUCAUCAUCUUCGAGGAAUAGGGUGACUCCAUUCAUUAUCAAACAGAUGACCCAAAAGGCAGUAAGGAAACUGAAAAGAUGUAGCUACCAAGACAACGUACCGUGUUUUACAUACUUGCAUAUACACCCAUGGACUCAAUAUACAUACUAUUCAUAUAAAUAUAUACUAUCACUUCCCAUCGUGUAAUAAAACGAUAUUUUCUAAUCAGCAAAGUACCGGAGUGUACCUACACCUUGAUGUAAUAGUGUUUGUAUAAUGAUUCAUAUCCAAUCACCGAUCACAGAUCAGAGUUUUUACCGAAAAUCAUUCAGUCAUUUCCUGCGUUCUUCUACGGUCGACGUUUGGUUAGACCAAUAUAACCCAGGUCCCUCUUUCAGAGAACGGUAGAAAAAUCUGUUUCUAAUAAGCAUUCUUUAUCUUAUGUAUAUUGAAUAUUUCUAACUCACCCCACCAAAACGUCUCGCCAAUACUCUGCACUGAAUCUUGAUCGUGAAGAAAAACGCAUACGCGUUUUCGUAUCUUCAUAAAAGUGAAAUUUAUUAUAAUUAGAAUAGAAGACAAGACACUGCCAUACCGGACCAACCAAUGCAAAACCAAAAAUCAGACCAUGGAAAAUGUUUUUCUUCUGAACCAACCCUAUGAAUGCUUACCAACAAGACGAGCAAAUCCAAAGCACACUAUACAAGUCCCAUCCAAAAAUUGUAUUGAAAUUUUUGAACAGUAUGUAGUUUAAAAAUACAUGUACAUUUUACCCAGUAUGUAAUUAUUCUCGGGCAACGCAGUGCUUGUACUUUGCCUGUAUAUAUCGUGGAUAAAAAAAAACUGGUUUAUGUAACGCUAGUCUUACGAUAGCCAUAUGCUUGAUCAAUUUGAUCAUGGAUUCAAAGUUAUUGGAUAUCCGUAUGUUAUUGAUAAUCCUUAUUCCACGAUAAAUUCGAAGAAGGUCUUUAAGGAAUACAGAAAUAUAUGAAAUUAACAUGUACGAGUAAGUAUAGACUAGUGCAACCCUUGACGGUUGUACAGCCAAAUGAAACGAACUCGUGUCCAACCUUCGCCAGAUCAUUUGAGCAGUAAGUAGAUGAAAAAUGGCUUGAUAAUCGACGUGACACGUGAGUUUCGGUAUCCUUCAGAUAUGAAUACACGACGAUAUUAGCAAUCCAUGAUCGUAGUAGGUGCGUUUUUGAUGUCCUUAAAAAAUUCACGUUUCUACACACUUGCACAAAUAAUACACACACACACACACACACUCCACGAUUAUACGAACCACGAUUGAUAAAAAUGAACAAAUAAGUACGUGUCGUCGAGUAACCAGUUUAUAAGUCAGUAGUGAUAAAACUAAAUAUAUCUAAUCAAGUUAAGUUUCAUUGUAUCCGUUUAUUGACAUAACGUUGUCGCAUCCACAACGUUUGUAACGAUGACUAUAUUGGUUAAUAAAAGUUAUCUAGAUGUA